GGUCCCCUCAUGGUCACACCCUCACGCUCAAACAGCGAGCCCUGUCCACCUUGUCUGCCCCUGUAGGUGACCUGAGGGGCGGGCGCUGGGUUGCGGAGGGCGGGGCACCCAGGAGCCUUUAAGAGCUCCCCAGGUCCCACCCACCUGUGCCCUGCCACUGCAGCUCCCCGCCAUGGCUGAAACCUCCAAGCUCCAGCUGUUUGUCAAGGCAAGCGAGGACGGCGAGAGCGUGGGGCACUGCCCUUCUUGUCAGCGGCUCUUCAUGAUCCUGCUUCUCAAGGGCGUGCCCUUCACGCUCACCACCGUGGACAUGCGCAGGUUCCCGGAUGUGCUGAAAGACUUCGCCCCCGGCUCCCAGCUGCCCAUCCUCCUCUAUGACGGCGACGCCAAAACGGACACGAUGCAGAUUGAGGAGUUUCUGGAGGAGACGCUGGGGCCCCCCGAGUUCCCCAGCUUGGCACCCCGCUACAGGGAGUCCACCACGGCGGGCAAUGACGUCUUCCACAAGUUCUCCGCGUUCAUCAAGAACCCGGUGCCCGCGCAGGACCAUGCCCUGUACCAGCUGCUGCUGCGCGCCCUGGCCCGACUGGACAGCUACCUGCGCGCGCCCCUGGAGCACGAGAGGGCGCGGGAGCCGCAGCUGCGCGAGUCGCGCCGCCGCUUCCUGGACGGCGACCAGCUCACCCUGGCCGACUGCGGCCUGCUGCCCAAGCUGCACAUCGUGGACACGGUGUGCGCGCACUUCCGCCAGGCGCCCAUCCCCGCCGAGCUGCGCGGCGUCCGCCACUACCUGGAGAGAGCACUGCAGGAGAAGGAGUUCAAGUACACGUGUCCUCACAGCGCCGAGAUCCUGGCGGCCUACCGGCCUGCCGUGCACCCCCGCUAGCGCCCCCGCUGCCACCCUGACCACUUCUCUGCAGCCCCAUAAAGGCAUCUGCCCCA